CUCCCGGCGUGCUCUACGGCGCGCCGCCGCCCGCGGGGUUUGAAUCUCGUUCUCCGGCGUCCGGGCGGUGGUUCGCGGCGGUGGCUGCAGGGGCAGCGUCAUGGGCGCUCCGGCUCUGCCCCCGACCUGGCAGCUGUAUCUCAUGAACCACCGCAUGUCCACCUUCAAGAACUGGCCGUUCCUGGAGGGCUGCUCCUGCACCCCGGAGCGGAUGGCGGAAGCUGGCUUCAUCCACUGCCCUACCGACAAUGAGCCUGACUUGGCCCAGUGUUUUUUCUGCUUUAAGGAGUUGGAAGGCUGGGAACCAGAUGACAACCCUCUAGAGGAGCAUAAAAAGCACUCGCCUGGGUGUGCCUUCCUGACUGUCAAGAAGCAGUUUGAAGAACUAACCCUCAGUGAAUUCUUGAAACUGGAGAAAGAAAGAGCCAAGAACAAAAUUAAAGGUACAUCCAUUUCCUUGCCUACUUGGCCAGUCACAGUGGCAGGAAAGCCGCAGUAGCUGAAGAACCUCGGACAGCGUCUCUCCCUCGCCAGCCCCUGCCCUCCACCCAACUCUGCUCCUAGCCAGCCUGCUCUUCAUCACCCCUCCCAUGCCCUCUCCUGCUGAGACUUCCACCUCUCCCACUGCCUAAACCUUCAUUAGCCUGGAUCAAUUCUGUCCUGGACCCUGACUGCCCAACCCACAGUUGUCCUUGUCCCCGGCUCUGU